AUGCCAGAACGAACCGGUACAUACAAAUUGCACAAACGUAGCGCUCAUGGAUCGCCGCACCCAAAGUUACUCAAAAAACGAAAAGAAGAAGAUGCGACAGAGACUAGGGUGAGGGCAACAACAACGCCCGAAGCGCCCUUCACAAAGACAGGCGCAACUGGUCGGUUGAAAAAGAGAAAAAGUACAACGUCGCAAAAGCUUGCAAAUACCUUCGGAUCAUCGCCUCAAAUAACUUCUUCCCCAACACCUGUUAGCGCUAAUUCAUCUGAUUGCGCAACAGCAUAUGUUCUUUCCUCUUUUGACGUCUUUUCGGCUCGUCCAACCAUCAAACACGUUGCUAAACAAACUCCACCAGCCUGCUCUGUCAGCAAUAUAGACGAUGUUGAGCCGGAAAGGAGACCAAAUAUAUACUCGGAGGAAUUCCAGAAAUUCGGUAGUAAGAUUGAUAAUUUGGCAGAUCAGCUGACUGCCCAUGAACUCCGUGAACUCAUGGAUAGGGACCAAAAAAGAAAGGAAAAGAAGAAAAUAGCAAAAAUUAUAGAGACGGAGAGGCGGCUUGCAGAAGAAAGGAACAAUUCAAGUACAAGCGACCCGCUUACCAGGCAAUGCGAUGGAGCAUAUAGUAAGACAAAUGACAAAGACAAAGGAAAACUUGGUGAGUUUAAUCAUGCAACUGAAGCUGUUAUCCCCCGACAGAAAAGUUUCGUCAGGUUCCAAAAGGUGGGAGAAAGACAUAGCAGAGAAACCUUUUCGAUAAAACCAGAAUCUCUGAACAGGGGUUCAACUCCAAUUGAUAGGUUAAUCACAAACACAAGCCAAGGUGAUUCAGCCCGAAUGUCUACAUCCCGACUGUCAAAGGCCAUUAGUGAGCCAGUCAACAUAAGAACUUCUAGUAGAGCAAGGAAUAUCCCAUCGCAAUCUUCGUGGGCGGAAAAACAUUCUAAAAGAAUGAGCCUAUGUCAUAUCCUAGCGCAGAGAAAAUCUACAGCAUCAACAGGGCCUAUUCUUCCAGAAAAAUCGGUCGAUGCUACUCCCGAACUCAGCAUUAAACCGCCACAAUCUUGGACUUCGUUUUUCAAAAUUCGCAUUCGCAAUAAGAGAGUGCCAUCCCCCAAGACAUUCUUCCCUACAUCUAGAGCAUCAGCACCAAUAGAAACAACAAAUCAGUUCGAGUGUAGCUCCAAGCGAUCAACGUCCAGUAUCCCUCGACACACGGUAUCAAGAUUCCGAGAAGAUCUUCCAGAGCUUCCAAUAUCUCCACCUGACUCUCGUGUACAAUCCCUUGAAUUAAAAGACGCAAUUAUAAUCACUAGAUGCUCUGAACAAGGCGAUGCUCGAGUUAAAGGCUUCCAAACUCGCAAUGAGAUAUCCAUGGAUAUAUACCGGCCUCAGUCGAGCAUAAAUCGACAAAGUGAAAUACUGAACGGCAUGCACAGAGCGGUUGAUGUCCCCUCUCCAGAAUCUAAUACAUUAUCACAAUCACUAGCAUCCAUUGAUUCUGAAGGAUCGUGGCUAUCUGGCGGAAGGGCUAGCUCGAGAAGAAAUUCACGAAGGGCACAUCAACGUUCAACUAACUCCUCACUCUCUCUAAAUAGAGGCUAUCAAGACUUACAUGAAUCUAACGAUGAGAUCCGGAUUGCUGACGAUGAUAACCACUUUCGCAUCAGCUCUGUAGAUAGAGAAUCAAUGCAAUAUUCUCUGGCAUGGAACCAUGACCAGACUGGCACUUUUUCAGAGAAUACUAAAUGGGGUGCAGUAGGAAGAAGACCUAACUUUGUUUAUCGCUGUGCAUCUGCUCGUAGAUCUAAAGAAGGUUGUCUGAAUGAAUUCGAAGAAGAAGAAUCUGCUCAACUAUCGAGCGGAAAUCGGAUAGAAAAGAGGCUAAACCCGUACCUAGUACAUAGAGCCUCCCAACUAGGUUUGCAUAGAGCUGUAAGCCUUGAUAUGGGUCAAAAACAAAGCCAGAAUUGGAGAGCAGGAAACGCCAGAUUUCUCGACGCAAAUCAUAAAGAUUCAUGA